CGGCAAAAUUACAGAUUUCUCCGACUACGACUGCCUGCGCCGCCGCCAGCCCCUUGCGUUGAGCAAUAUCCUCGUCCUCCCGAGAGCGAUCCCCGUCGCCCCUGUCCGCGGCCGCCGAGGCGCCGACUCGCCGGCGCGGCGCCGUCUUCCGCCACUGCGCCCUACCGCCCAGGACGAAGCUCCAGCUCCGGCCCACCGUCUCCCUGCCGGCACUGCCGCGCCGAGGGCCCGAGCUCCUCCUCGCCCCAUGCCCCCGCGGCCGCCCUGCCCAGCUCCGCCCCGCGCGUUCGCGGCUCUGCGCCCCCGCCAGGCCGAGCUUCGCACGUUCGCCGUCCGCGCCUUCGGCUUCCGCAGUUCGCACAGCUGACAGCAGUCCAUUCACCGUCCGCGCCUCCGGUCACCGCACAGUAGUGAGUGCAUUCGCCGUCCGUGCCUCCGAUCACCAUACAACCGUGACCGUUAGCAGCACCUUGAUUUUAGCUCGUCCUCCGCCACUGGUGGCAGCGACGCGCUUCCGAGGAGGUUAGAGCAUUGGCUGCUAUGGCGCCGCCUCACGUCACCAGGAAGAAGGGAAAGGGCGCCGGCGGCAAGACCGACCUGCGUCCCGACCGUAAGCAGUUCAAAAGGCACCACAAGGAGGAUGCAGCAGCUGAGCAGGGGGAUGGCAACGGAGAGCCGGGUUCUGACCUAGAGGAUAAUAUUAGUAAUACAUGUCUUGAAAUUGCUAAUGGAACUGAAGCAAAUGCUAAAAAGAGUGAUAAACAGUUAAAGAAGGAAGCAAGAAAACAAAGGGAACUAGAAAUCAGUGCUAUGGAGGAAAGGGCUUUGCAGGAAGAUAUACCACAAACUCCAGAUGAUUUUGAGAAGUUGGUUAGGAGCUCCCCAAAUAGUAGUUUUAUCUGGAUAAAGUAUAUGGCAACUUUGUUAGAUCUUGCAGAUGUUAAGAAAGCACGUGCAGUAGCUGAGAGAGCUUUAAAAACAAUAAUCCCCAGAGAAGAAGAAGAGAAACUAAAUGUUUGGGUAGCAUAUUUCAAUCUGGAAAAUGAAUACGGUAGUCCAAGGGAGGAUGCUGUGAAAAAGGUAUUCCAAAGAGCCUUGCAAUAUUGUGAUCCCAAAAAGCUGCACUUGGCUCUUCUUGCGAUGUACGAGAGGACCGAACAGUAUGAGCUUGCAGAUGAACUUCUAGACAGAAUAACCAAAAGGUUCAAAACUUCCUGCAAGAUAUGGUUAUGCCGCAUUCAGUUUGCCCUCAAGCAAGGCAAGGAUGUUGAGUACAUCAAAGCCAUUGUAAACCGUGCACUUCUAAGUUUGCCACACAGAAAGCGCAUAAAAUUCCUCUCACAAACUGCUAUUCUAGAAUUCAAAUGUGGGGUGCCUGAAGAAGGAAGAUCCAGAUUUGAACUAAUAUUGCGGGAGUACCCAAAAAGAACAGACCUUUGGAGUGUUUAUCUAGACCAAGAAAUCCGCCUUGGUGACGUAGAAGUUAUACGGGCAUUGUUUGAGAGGAGGGUGGCUUGUCUGACCCUACCUCCAAAAAAGAUGCAGUUCUUGUUCAAGAAGUAUCUUAACUUCGAGAAGUCACUGGGUAAAGACAACGAAAGAAUUCAGCUUGUGCAACAGAAGGCAAUCGAAUAUGUUCAGAGUUCACUGCCGUCACAAGACAACUCUUGAACUACAUGGAGACUUAAUAAGCCCACAAACAAUCAUUAGGAAAUGCCAGUCGUACUGUAGAUGUGAUCUCUUUGAUGACAUUAUUGUGAAAAGGUCAAUGUAAAAUGUGGGCUAUUCAAAAUUUUGUUUGAAACCGUUAUAUAAGUUAUGAGGCAUUAAGUCUAGUAUGUCAUGUUUCACCCAAUUUUUUUGAAAGGAUCUAUCCUAAGCCGGAUCUGGUUCGAAUAUUGACCUUUUCUAUCUGUGGUAUUGACUGUUGAGGCACAA